AUGAGCGGCAACAUCAACAAAAAAACUGGGACGGAUGCCAUGAAGUCAGAGGAAAAGAAAGAGAACAAGAAAACAGUUCCAUCUCUUGGUGCUUUGGAUGAAGAUGACGAGUUUGAGGAGUUCGAGACUGACGAUUGGGACGAAUCUGAAGCAUCUAUGCAACCUGGAUCUACAGCUACGAGCAAGACCGGUCUCGCUUCUACAGCGCUGGACAUGAGCGGCUCCGCUGGCUCAGGCGGUGACCAUUUGUGGGAAGACAAUUGGGAUGAUGAUGACGUGGAAGACGAUUUCAGCGUUGCACUUCGCAACGUCACGCUUGUCCUUCUAAUGGCUACCAACGAAGCAAGUGGUGAUUUGGGUGCCUCACGGCCAGAGCGCGAAGCAGACAUUUCACAAUAUGAGUCUGAGAAUGUGGAUGGGCCUGCAAGCCGAGAGGCGGAUGUGGAUGACGCUGAUUUGGAGACAAUGAAGCAGCGCGUUGCAGAAAUGGAAGCAGAAGCUGCCAAACUCCGUGAGAUGAACGAAGCGGCAGAGCGCGAUAUGGGCAUGACAUCUGCUUCUAUACAUCCAACGGAGGAAGAAAAGAUGGAAGUGGAUGCACGAAGUAUAUAUGUGGGAAAUGUGGACUACGGUGCCACACCGGAAGAGAUCCAGCAGCACUUUCAAAGCUGUGGCACAAUUAACCGUGUGACAAUUUUGUGUGAUAAGUUUACAGGACAUCCCAAAGGGUUUGCGUACGUGGAAUUUGCCGAUCCAUCCUUUGUUGAGAACGCAACGGUGCUGAACGAGUCGCUAUUCCGUGGGCGGUUACUGAAGGUGACGCCGAAGCGAACCAAUGUACCUGGCAUGGCCACUCGUGGCCGUGGUCGUGGCCGUGGAGGCUUCCGUGGCGGGUACAGGGGAGGCUUCCGUGGCGGCUACCGUGGCCGUGGCUCAUGGCGGGGCCGGGGUCGUGGCUGGUAA